UGUGCUGAGGCAGGACAUGGCGGAGGCAGGAAAAGUGCCCUUGAGCCUCGGGCUUACCGGAGGAGAAGCGACAGAGUGGCCUCUGCAGCGGUACGCCCGCUGCCUACCCUCAAACACCAGAGACCCACCUGGGCCGUGCCUGGAAGCUGGAACAGCCCCCUGCCCGACAUGGAAGGUUUUUGAUUCCAAUGAAGAAUCUGGGUGUCUUGUUCUCACCAUAGUUAUAUCAGGUCAUUUCUUCAUUUUCAAAGGACAGACACUACUGGAAGGGUUUUCACUCAUUGGUAGCAAGGACUGGUUGAAGAUUGUAAGACGCGUGGAUUGUCUGUUGUUUGGAACAACGAUAAAGGACAAGAGUCGCCUGUUUCGAGUACAGUUCAGUGGAGAGUCAAAGGAGCAGGCGCUGGAACACUGCUGCAGUUGUGUUCAAAAGCUGGCGCAAUACAUAACCGUUCAGGUGCCUGAUGGAAACAUCCAGGAGCUUCAGCUGAUUCCUGGCCCACCCGGGGCAAGUGAAAGUCAAGGGAAGGAUUCUGCAAAGAGUGUCCCACGGCAGCCUGGAUCCCACCAGCACUCAGAACAGCAAGUGUGUGUAACAGCGGGCACCGGCACUUCAGACGGAAGGACCUCACUGACGCAGUUAGCUCAGACUCUUCUGGCCUCGGAGGAGCUGCCCCGUGUCUAUGAACAAUCUGCAUGGGGUGCAGAAGAGUUAGGCCCCUUCCUACGUUUGUGCCUUAUGGAUCAGAAUUUCCCAGCAUUUGUGGAAGAGGUAGAAAAGGAACUUAAAAAGCUGGCAGGUUUGAGAUAUUAAUGCUCUAUAUACAUAUAUAACUAAGGAACUUCAAAGUAUUGAAAAUGCUUCCUCCUAAAAUUAAAGAAGAAUUAGAAUAAAGAGUAUUAUCCAAACACCUUUUAUCAAUGUUUUAUUUUUAAAAACAGGUGAAUCCACUUUUUUAUACAUCAUUGCACUUCAAUAAUUACACAAAACACACAAGUACAUGCAUCUACGCACCGCAUGAGAACCCUGUUAGGUUAUAAAAUCUAUCAACCAGUAAAUCAAUGUGAAAAAAUACAGUGUCAAACCAAAAAGUGUAACUAUAUAGUUGCAUAGAAUAUCACCAUGCUAUAACAUUUCAAGGUCAUUGGAAACAAAAGAAAAAUUAUAAAAGUUUGCCUUGAUUGAAUGUACAAGAAUAAGGUUCAACACAUCAGUGCAAAAGGAUUUAUGAAUUUACAUGACUUAACAAAAGAAAAGAUAAUCACUUAAAAAGCAAUCAUACGUAUAUACUGCAAUUCAUUAUACCCAUUCAGUGGACUGUUCCAGCUUAUUAAAGUCACAGGUUAAGCCCUUAAAAUUAUAGAUUUCAGUUUAUAUUACUCAUCUUUAUGUACCAGAACUGCACAAUUUCCUCAUCUGACAACAUACAAUAAGGAAUGAAUAUCAGCAGCUUAAAAAUGAAACAAGCAUUUAUUUUGGAUUUCUCCCACCCCCAAAAAUAUAAAUAUAUAUAUAUAUAUUUAUAUACUGUAUAUAUCUGUAGGUUUUGCUGUACUUUACAAAAAUGUAUCACUAGAUGGCAGCAGUGCAUUUUAGAGCUUUGCCAAUUUAACAGCUGCAUUAAGUAAAAAAUGGCGCAUGCAUGAUCUGAUCCUUAGAGGACCUUUUCACUUCUAUUUAAAUAUUUUAACAAAGGAAAAAAAAAAA